CCAAGGCCUCCUCCUGGACCACAGUUUGAGAAACUCUGUUUUUGCUCAUUGAAGAGCUUGUCCUUGUUAUGUAAAUUUGUAUAAAUGAGCAGCGAUCGUCAACGGUCUGAGAUGCUUGUGUGCCAGUUUACGAUGGAUCUUCCCAUAACUUAUUUCCUGGCAGUUGGUUUGAUUCUUACUGGUACACAAGAGGCUGCACACACAGAGGAGUGCAUCUUUGAGAAACUGCACAAUGAAGACAGCCUGUUUUGUAGAGGAGAUCUAGAAGUUCUCUAUCCAGAUCUGGGAGAUGUUGGCUGUACUUAUAUUCCAAAAUGCAACCUGUACCGUAAACGAAUCAGCAUGGAAUGGACCAGUCCAGAUGUUAUAUACCAGCAGGCAGAUGAGAAUAAGAACUACAUUCUCAUUAUGGUGGAUCCUGAUGCCCCUAGCAGAGCAAAUCCAAAAUAUCGCUUCUGGAGACAUUGGGCUGUUGUUGACAUAAGAGGUGCUGACCUGAAGAAUGGGAAUCUGCAAGGCCAUGUGUUAACAGACUACCAUCGACCCAAACCACCAUCUCACCGUGGUUAUCACCGCUACCAGUUCCUCCUCUUUGAACAGCCAGAUUACAAAACCAUAUCACUGAGCCCAGAGGAAAGUACAUCUUUAGGUCACGAAGACAAUUGCACCCUCCUGCCAAUGCGAUGGAGAUGGAGAGAGCUCUUCAUAUUGGGGGUUCCUGGGACAUGGAGAACUUUUCAGCUCAAUUUCAGCUUGGAACACCUGUGGCUUCCACCCAGUUUCUCACUAAGCACUACAAUGACUAGCAGCAGUAAUAUCCCCUUUCUUCUGAAAUGCUUUGGAAUGUUAAGAAGGCAUCGUGAUUAAGUGCUCAUGUAAUGUUAAAUAUGAAUUGGGCCUGAGUUGGUAGGAGGAGCCAAUGAUGCUUUCUUUUCACCUCCUGUUCAAUAAGGACCAUGUGUCAGGUUAUUUUCUUUAUUUGUUGGACAAUUUAUAUACCAAUUUACAAUUGUCUUUAAGCAGUGUACAAUGAAAAUAAAAAUUGCUUAAAACUAUAAAAUGGGGGUGGUGGAAUCAGAAUUCUAUUAAAAUGCCUUCUGGAAUAAAAAUGUCUUCAGUAGGCACCCAAAGUUGAAAAGGGAGGGGACCUGUCUGACCUCCACUGGGAGUUGCAUGAAAUCUGGCCCCCAAUGAAUUCACAACUCCUGGGGGGACCAUUAACCUCAGCGAUCAGACAGGGAUCUAAGGGAUCAGGCAAGCUUUGAGGUAUCCUGGACCCAAGUUGCUAAGAGCAUUGUAAAUAAAUUCAAGAAUUGUGAAUGUGGCCCAAUAGCAUAUGGGCAGCAGUGCAAGCUUUUCAGCACUGUACUUAAAUUCUGGCGAUAGUCUAUUCCCUUCAAGGGUCUAGCGGCAGUGUUUUGAACCAUCUGGAGCCUCUGGACUAGGCUUUACAUACAGCACAUUGCAAUAAUAAAAUCUUGUGGAAACAAUAUUUGACCCAAGGUUGAGAAGGGGAAAGGAACAGUGCUGUAAAAAGGCAUGAUUGGGUACAUUUUUGAGCCAUAGCAUUUCUAGGUCUCAUGAGUGUCUGUCAUGGUUCAUUUCCAGAGUGAUGCAAGAUAAGGCCUGAUUCUUAGUGAAGAUGAGGGAAAGUUAUAAAUAAAAAAAAAGGAAGUUGGGCUUGUAACAUACCGCAGGCAAAGGGGAAGAAAGUCCAAAGCACACAACUCUACUUGCUGAGUUAAAAUUAGAAGCAAGAGGAAAUGACAGUUCAGCAUGUCAUGGAAGUCAGCUAAAGAUGGACCUCUCUUUUUUAUAUUUAUCACCAUAGAGGGUGUAAUUGGUGUUUCAGAUUAAGGCUGAGGAGCCAGUAGAAAUGAAAGGUCACACUUUGUUGACAUCCUGUCAUCAGUCAUCCUUUCCUCUCUGUCUUUAAUUCCUUGUGGUGAGCAUGUUUACUUUUGGGAGAAAGGGAGCAGGAGAAUCGGAUGUUUACCUCUUGAGGAAAAUAUUUCCAUCCUUUUUUCUCCUUGUUUUGCUUCUGAGCUAUAGAAAAAAUGGGUUGUAUCCAAUGUUGUCAUAUUCGGAGAAGACCCCCCCCCCGAAAUUAAUAAAAAUUGCUUACUUAGGGCCAUUAAUUUAUUUUACUCUAUGACUAGCACCAGAUGCUAGGAGUGACCAUAGGCAAAGCAGAUUUGUUGAUGUUUUACGGUUAAGCCAAGAAUAUGAAUUGACUUUGAAUUCAAUUUCUAGUUGGAAAGCAGGAUUUUAUAAAGAAAUGUUAAAAUUCUGAAAUGAUAUAAGUGGCAUUGACUAAACUCUUGCUCCCCAAAAAGUCAUAACUGGGGGAUUCAAAGGGUGGUGCCGUGGUAUCUGAACCCCAUCAUGAGACAUCAAGCAACUAACCAGUUUCUUGGGAAACUUCUUUCAGAGAAGGCAAAGUUCAGAUCUGGCAAAUGUCAUAAAUCUGCAAAAUAACAAAAUCUUUUCAUCGUAUGCAGAAGGGACUAUCAAAGGGACUAUUUGCUAAUUUAUCAUUCACAUUUUGCAUCUUGUUUGCCUGCAUCCCAUGCAUACUUUCCUGCAACGUCUCAUUAAAAUCAGUGGGUCUUACCGCCAAAUAGACAUGCAUAGCCUUGUACUGUUGAUGUGUCGCACUGGAAUAGAAGUAAUGAAAGUUUACUUACUUAUAUUGU